AUGCCAAAAAAUAAGUUUGGAAGAGAGGUAGAUCAAAAAUCAAUCACACUUUUUGCUGAAAGCGACAAAAAGAGAGCUAAGAAACGCGCCAAAAUUAGUAUUCGAGUUGAAGCUGAAAAAUGUCAAAGUAUUGUGAUGCAUAACAGAAAAAUACAAUUUCCAGGAAAUCUUACUCCUUAUGGUUCUCAAAUGAUGAUUAUUCACAAAAAUAUUUACUCAUUCGAUAGAGGUUUAAAUGUUUUACUUGAAAGUCCUACAGGAUCUGGAAAAACAAUUGCAUUACUUAGUUCAGCAUUAGCGUGGUUACAUGAUUAUGAUACUAAAAGAGAAUUAUCUAUGAAAAGUUGUCCAAAACAUAGUAAAAAAAAGAAAGAACAAGAUAAAGUAGAAAAAGUUUUUCAAAAUAUAAUUAAUAAAGAUAAAGAGGAUGUUAAAAGGAGGAGAACUUUAAAUUUAUGCGAAAAUAUUGAUUUUGAUGAAAUUUUUGGAAUGAAACAAGAAGUAGGGGAAAAUAAUGUUUCUGAGAUAUUUAAUAAAAGUUGUUUAGAUGUAAUUCCACAUGCAAAUAAUUCGGAAAAAAAAGACAACUCAAGUAUUAUAACACCAUAUUCUACAACUAAAGACACUUCAUUAGUAGAAAGUUUUGCAAAAUUAACUAAAGUCAAAUCAGACGUUUCAAAUAACGGUAAUGAAAUGUAUAAGAUCAAAUCUAUAAAGUCUGAAAGCAUUAGUCGAGAAUCUAGUACAAAAAGUGAAUGUACAUCAGAUUCUUUGAAAGAUGAAUUAGAAUGUACUUGUCUUAAAAAAGUGGUUAUUUAUUAUGCUACUCGUACACAUAGGCAAAUUGCUCAAGUUGUUAAAGAGUUUAAAAGACUUCCAUAUGGUCACGACAAAUCUGUCCGACAUACAAUUCUUUCUUCUCGCGAAAAUUGUUGUGUUAAUAAUGAAGUUAAGUAUAGUUCUGAAAAUAUUACGACUACUUGUAUAAAUAUUAAUUCGACGGCAAAAAAAGAAUCUUUUAAAACUAAUGGAUGCUCUUUUAAAGAGAAUAUUGUUAAAAUAUUUAAAGGAAAAUGUGGAAAUUUAAGAAACGAUUUAAUUGAAAAUGACACUCCUGUGUGGGAUUUAGAAGAAAUAGUUGAUUAUGGAGAAGCACGGGGUUUUUGUCCAUAUUUUGCUACAUUUUCCUGUUUAAGAAAUGAUGCAAAUUUAGUUUUUUGUCCCUUUCCUUAUCUUAUUGAUCCUGCCAUUCGAAAAUGCUCACAAAUUUUUUUAUCAAAUGAUAUUGUUAUUUUGGAUGAAGCUCAUAAUAUUGAAGAUUUUUGUCGAGAUUCAAGUUCUUUUGAAUUUUCUGAAAAAGAAUUAAUUCAUUCAUUAAAUGAUUUAUAUAAUAAACAUCAGCAAAUUUUAUCAUUUUCUAAUGUAACUUGUUUUAAUAUACAAGAUAGUUCCGAUGCUCUUGCUAAAUUAAAUGUUUAUAAAUCUAAUUUAAAAGUUUUGUAUGAAUUUCUAAAAAUGGUUCUUCAAUGGUUUAGAAGUUUUGCCAAUGAAGUACUAAAUGUACCCACUAAGGACAAAGUACGAUCGAAAGUUUUUACAACGCAUUUCAUAUAUCAAACAACGGAGUUAUUUAGAUUGGAUGGUUAUCUAAAAUCUUCAGAAAUUUUAAAAGAAUUAGAGAAAGUAUUUAAUGGUUUGUCUAAUGACAAAGAUGAAUUUAUUGAUGAUAAAGAAACAAAAGAAGGUUUGAAAUUGAUAACAGAAGAUUUAGAAGUAUUUAAGCCAUGCAGAUUAACUUUGAAUUGCAUUGGAAAAUUUAUUAAUUUUUGCUAUUUUUUUAACUUUAAUCCGUCCGCAUAUAGAUUAAAUUAUUCAAUUACUGAGACAUCUAGUGAUUUUAAUAUAUUUAGUUUUGACUAUCAACAAAAUUCAAUGAUUCAUGAUUCUGAUGUUCUUUAUUCAAAUGAACAUCAAUAUAUGAACAAUGUUGGUUUAAGUCAACACCCUGUAAUGGGGCAUUUUAUUGCUGGAGAACCUUAUACUGUUAUAAAAGAAAAUUGCGUUGUUAAAAUGAAUUUAUGGUGUAUGGAUCCAAGUAUAUGUUUUAAAGAUGCUUUUAAAGACACCCUUUCUGUAGUUCUUGCAAGCGGCACACUUUCUCCAAUUAAAACGUUUGCUUCAGAAUUGGGUACACAAUUUACGCAAAUUGGUCAAGGAAGACAAAUUAUACCAAAAGAACAAAUUUUUACUUGUAUAAUUCCAAAAGGACCUCAUGGAAUUGAACUAACUUGUUCCAGCAGUUGUUUAAAAAAAUCAGAUCAAGGUGGAGGUGUAACAGUUAUUGAAGAACUUGCCUAUCUUAUUUUUGAUAUUUGUCAAACUGUAGAAAAAGGAAUAUUGGUUUUUGUACCAAACUACAAUUUAAUUGAUCUUAUUUGUAAUGCAAUGAUGAAUUUAGGGUUAAUGAAGGAUCUCAAAAAAGUAAAAACUGUUUUGAAAGAACCAAAAAGAGGAGGAGAACUUGAUCGGGUAAUAAAUGAAUAUAAGCAUGCAAUAAAAAAUCACCACAAAAUAUCAUCUACAUGUACAGGUGCUGUUAUGUUUGCUGUUUUUCGGGGAAAAAUUUCUGAAGGAAUUGACUUUCCAGAUGAUUUGGCUCGUUGUGUAAUUUCUAUUGGUAUUCCAUAUCCCUCUCUUGGACAACCACAAAUAAGUGAAAAAAUAAAAUAUAAUGAAACAUUUUACAAAAAUGAAAAUCUUUUAAAUGGUUCAGAAUGGUACAAAUCACAGGCUUAUCGUGCUUUAAAUCAAGCACUUGGCCGAUGUCUUCGCCAUCGUAAUGACUGGGGUAUAAUUUUAUUAGUUGAUUAUAGAUUUAUUGAACAAGUUUAUAAAAAUGAUGAUUCAAUGAUUUCAAAUUGGGUUAAAGAAAAUCUACGAAAAAUUGAUAAUUUUCCUUCACUAAUAAAUCAAAUAAAAAUGUUUACAAAAGAGAGGUGUAGAAGUUAA